GCGGCGCGGAGGCCGGGGAGGAGCCGGGGCCUGCAGCGGAGCCGAGCCGAGCCCGAGCCCGAGCCGAGCCCUGACACUGUCCGUCCGCCUUCUGGCUCUCCGGGAGCCCCGACUGGCCGGAGCCCGAGAGGUGGCAGCGCUGGGAGCCCCACGAGCCAAAGGCAGCGGACCGGUCGGGACGGGACUGGAGGAGGCGCUGCCGCCACAGUAGCCAGUGACGAGUCGGAAGCCGCGGCCUCCCGGACCCUGCUGCCCAGGCCAGCCGGGGGAGAGCGGGGAGUACGAAAACCCCACCCUCUGGGACACCCCAGGAACGUGGGUGGGAGCGGGGACCAGAGCACCCUCUCCCCUGUUGGAGGGAAGACCCCGAGCCCCCUUGGGUGAAGGAAAGAAAAGCUCGCUGUAGGAGACGCGGUUUGCCUUCCAGGAGGCGAGGAAACCCCCACAGUGGCUCGGGAGAAGACCCCCAAAAGCAGAAAGAGGCAAUCCUCCCUUAAGGAACCCGAGCGAGACCGCCCCAGCGUGUCUCCACCCUCCAAACACACUCUAAACAGUUCAGGACUUUUGAGGCAAAGAGAAAGGGGAAUAUGCCUGUGGAGUAGACACCCUCCAUCCUACCCAGCACUCACGGAGGAGAGGCGUUCUUAGGUUCAGAAGCAAAGGACACUCCAGCGAGAGGAGGAAUUGGUUUUCCGCCUUUCUGGAGAAAGGCGGAAACUUCCUUGUACCUAUACAGUGGAACCGGGUAGAGCCCCUCCGCUCAGAUUUCCAGCAGACAGAAAGAGCCCUUCGCCCCCGAAAGAUUCAGUUUGGGGGGGAGAGGGACUCCCCCAAGGGGGAGGAGACAACUCCUGGUUGGGAGAGGCUCCUCCCCUCCUCCCCAGGGUAACUGGCAGGGUGUGGGGUGUGUGCCACCUUCCCCAGGUAGGACCUCCUUCUCCUCCCCCGCCCACUCCCCUCUCGGCUCCUCAUCCUCAGGGGACCCAGUUCCCCUCACAAACUUGGGAGGCUCAGCCAAGGACAGGAAGAGCCACUGAGGAUGAGACCAGUCGCCUGCCUCUGAAGAGGGGAAUCCCUCCAACUUCAAACUCCAGUACCAGGUGGUUUCCUCCCUUUGCCGGGGGACUGGUGGAGACAGAGCCCAGAAGUAACAUGGCUUCUGACCUAGAAAGUAGCCUCACCUCCAUAGACUGGCUUCCCCAAUUGACCCUCCGAGCUACUAUUGAGAAGCUUGGGAGUGCCUCCCAGGCUGGAACUCCAGGGGGCAGCCGCAAGUGUUCCCCAGGCUCACCCACAGAUCCUAAUGCCACCCUGAGCAAAGAUGAGGCAGCAGUGCACCAGGAUGGCAAACCACGAUACAGCUAUGCCACCCUCAUCACCUAUGCCAUCAACUCCUCUCCAGCCAAGAAGAUGACCCUCAGUGAGAUUUACCGUUGGAUCUGUGAUAACUUCCCCUAUUACAAGAAUGCUGGCAUUGGUUGGAAGAAUUCCAUUCGGCACAAUCUGUCUCUCAACAAGUGUUUCCGGAAGGUGCCUAGACCUCGGGAUGACCCUGGAAAGGGCUCUUACUGGACAAUAGACACCUGCCCUGACAUUUCCCGAAAGAGAAGACAUCCUCCAGAUGAUGAUCUAUCCCAAGACUCCCCAGAACAGGAAGCAAGCAAGAGCCCACGGGGAGGUGUUCCAGGGAGUGGAGAAGCCUCGUUGCCUCCUGAGGGGAAUCCUCAGAUGUCUCUUCAGAGUCCCACAUCUAUGGCCAGCUAUAGCCAGGGGACAGGGUCUGUGGAUGGCGGAGCAGUGGCAGCAGGAACCCCAGGCCGAGAAAGUUCUGAGGGUCCCCCUCCCCUCUAUAACACCAACCAUGACUUCAAAUUCUCCUACUCAGAGAUCAACUUUCAGGAUCUAAGCUGGUCUUUCCGCAACCUCUAUAAAUCCAUGCUGGAGAAGUCCUCUUCUUCCUCGCAGCAUGGCUUUUCGUCUCUUCUGGGGGACAUGCCACCCUCUAACAACUACUACAUGUAUCAGCAGCAACAGCCACCACCACCUCAACAGCAGCAGCAGCAGCAGCCACAGCCACCUCCCCAACAAUCACAGCCACAGCCACAGCAGGCACCAGCCCAGGGCCCCUCAACUGUAGGGGGUGCCCCUCCACUGCAUACUCCAAGCCCUGAUGGUUGUACUCCACCAGGGGCAAAGCAAACUGGGGCUGACAGCUAUGGGCCUCCCCCUGUGAUGGCCAUGCAUCCACCCCCACUGCAGCACGGAGGCUACCAUCCUCAUCAGCACCAUCCCCACUCCCACCCUGCCCAGCAGCCACCACCACCACAGCAGCAGGCACAAGGCCAGGCGCCCAUCAACAGUACUGGCUUUGCCUUUCCUCCUGAUUGGUGCUCCAAUAUUGACUCCUUAAAGGAGAGCUUCAAGAUGGUGAAUCGACUUAACUGGUCCAGCAUUGAGCAGUCACAGUUCUCAGAACUCAUGGAGAGUCUACGACAGGCAGAGCAGAAGAACUGGACUCUCGACCAGCAUCACAUUGCUAAUCUGUGUGACUCCCUCAACCACUUCCUAACUCAGACUGGUCACAUGCCUCCUCAAGGGGGCUCCCACCGGCCACCAGCCCCUGCCCGUAUUACUGACUCUUGCGCCCUCACCAGUGGCAAACAGGAACCAGCCAUGAACCAAGUGAACUCCUAUGGACAUCCACAAGGCCCCCACCUCUACCCUGGUCCAUCACCAAUAUACCCAAUCACCACCCAGGACUCAGCAGGAUAUAAUCGUCCAGGGCCUCAUGCAUGUUAGCACACCAUAUGGUCCCUCGGCCACCAGUCCCACCUCCUGGUGCCAGUGAAGAGAUCCCUGAUGACUUCGACUGGGACUUGAUCACUUAAUAGAGUGUGGACAUCAGCCCAGAGUCUGGUGGUGAAGUCUGACCAUGAAGAGAGAGCAACCCCAGCCCAUCCCUUCCCCUGCCUGUAUAUAGAUAUAUAUAUCUUCUUUUUGUUCUUUCUCUGUCAGAGAAGCCACCACAAGAUGCUGCCGAAGAUAAUUUCCUUUUUCUUGUCUCAUUCUUCUCUUGUCCUGUUUUUCCCUAAUUCUUUUAUUAUUAUUCUAAUUAUGUUAUUAUUAUUAAUAUUAUUAUUGUUGGUUAUAUACUGUCCCUAAUCUCCUGUUCCUACACCAUGAACUAUGUCUGCCCCUUGCUAAUUUAAAAUCAUCAGGUUGGAAGACAAGGCCAUGAUAGCUGUACAGAAAGGUCUCAAUUUCUCAAUGAGAACCCAUGUCCCAGCUUUAAAUUGUUUACUGUUCCUGUCUGUUUCAGCUCAGGACUGGAGAGUUCACACUGUCGAGUAGAAGGGGUCUAAAACAUUGCUUGGCAGCCAUGAAUUUGCAGGUUUUACUCAAUGGUGCUAAUUCUGUCCUCUGAGCUCAUCCCUGUCCCUUUAUACCAUCAGUUCUUACUUCUGAUAAUCCUCAUUCCCCUCAAGGAUAAAAGGGAUGAUGGUGCAGGAGGUGACAAUAAAAUCUUAGUGGAAUUAGAGACUGGAUUGGGUUGAGUAGAACACUGUGGAGAAGUGAUGGAAUAUAAACCAGUGAGAAAUUGGGUAUAUACUGGUAUGUCACAUAAGCUUUCAAUGGCUUAUUCUUAGCCCAUUCUCUAAGGAAAUUGGAUUGAUCUUGGCUUGAACUCUUUUUCUGUGGUUGGGCAUGAGGACAACUACUCAGCAUAGACCCUACUUCUUGGAGAUGAUUUCAACUGAGCCAUUUUGGCUUUUUAAAAAUAAUUCUCUCUUAAAAUUAAUGAUGGCUCUUACAAUUAUUGAUUGUCAUCCAUUGCCUUUUUCCAUGGAGCAAAUAUCAUUUUGCCCACUAGUUGUUUGCCCUAAUCUUCAAACCAUCUUGUUUACUUCCUUUAUUUUCUGGGAGUCUCAAGAAAGAAAAAGUAAGGCAUUCAUACUAUGAGAAUCUUUUCCCCACAUCAUAGCAUAAUCACACCUACAGGACUGAUAGUGGAGGUGGGGAGAGGAAAAGAGAGCUAGCAUAGAUAUGGAUAGGGAAUAUUUCAUUUAUUUAACUACAUAGGAAGAUGCUACCCUUGAAAUCCAGAUCAUCAGGGCUGAAGCUUUUGCAAUUAGGCUCCUGAUAGGUAGAGGAAAUUAGGAGAGGGGAGCAAAUAAUCUAGAAGAAAGAGUUCAGUGAGGGCCAAGGGCAACUUCCAGAAGAAAUUACAGGGAUAACUUAUUUCCUUCAACAAGAGAUGGCCAUGAUUUAUUGCUGCAAAGUUCUUAGUGUAUAUUUAAUGUUAAUUGUUGCAUUUGAGUUAGGUGAGGGAAGAACAAUUUUAUUUUUAUUUCACUGAAUUUUCCCUUUCUAAAAGCUGCAGGACAGAAUGUAUGGAAUGGACACGUCCCUCUGUGUGAUUUGCACUGUUUGUUCAUAUUCUUUUAUUUAUCUAUGUUUUCCAAGAUAUUGGGCUUUCUGAUCUCCUGCUUUUCCCUGUCAUUCACCCCUUUCCUUUCUUUGGAAAGGGGUUAUAUAUGAGAGUUUGUUGGAGAAGUCCAGUGAGACUGAAGUAAAGGGGCAAGAUAGGGCAGUUAACUAAAGAGCACUUUAUUUCUUUGAAGCCUUUGUAAGAAAGAAAUGGGGGUGAGAUUGGAUUGAAUCUCUCUUUGUGUUGGAGAAUACUUAGUGGGAUUGAAGUAUGACACAAUAUUUUUCUUUAGGGAGAGGAGCAUUUCUCAUAGAGGGUGGCAAAAUGCCUUUGCCCAGUGUCCCUAUGUUAGGUAUCUCUUCCUUAUUCCUUCCAUUCAAGGUGCAUCCUACAUACAACUUCCCUUCAGUUCUCCCCAAGAUUCCUUCUUUUUUUUUUUUUGCGGUGCUGGGGAUCGAACCCAGGGCCUUGUGCAUGCAAGGCAAGCACUCUACCAACUGAGCUAUCUCCCCAGCCCUCAAGAUUCCUUCUUAACAGAUUAACACUUCUCUUUUCUAAACCCCUUUCUACUCAGUUCCAUACAGAGUUAGGAAGGGUAGGCUACAUCAUACACACAAAUACCCCUUGUUCAUCUAUGUCUUCUGAAAACUAGUCUCAUUAAGAAUGCCUGUGAGCAGCCAGAGUAACUGAACUUUGGGGGCUGGGACUGGAGAUUGGUCAGCAGGCUCCUGAGAUUCCAGCUUUUCUCCACCAAACUCAGCCUUGCUAAAUGUCACAGGACAAACCUGACUCCCUUUGGGCCUCAGUUUCUCUUCCCCUCCAUGAAAUGGAAAGAGUACUACUUUUUCUUGUUGGUCCAGCAUUGCUGGACACUCAGUAUAGUUGUUGUUGUAUUGGGUGAUGUGUGAAAAAUGCAGGAGCUCACUGCCUAUGUGAGGAAAUAAGGGAGAAAACAGAGGAGAGGGACAAAAGUUUGGUAUCAACCUAACCAUCCCAGGCUUCCUCUCCUCAACCCCCAUGUUUCUGGUCUGGUGAGUCCUUUAUACCACCCAUAAUGCUUUGCAUUGGUGCAGGCUGGGAAGGGUGUAUGGUCUCACAAGUUGAUGUUGUUGGGUUUGUUUUUUGUUGUUGUUUUUUUUUU